ACUUAAAAAAUCAAAAGAAAUUCUAUAUUAGGUAAAUAUGAAUAUUACAAGCAUGGGAUUACACUAAUUCAUGCUCUUUUUUAAGAACUCGAUGCUGAUUCUUUGUUUUGGUGACAUGUAUUCAUUCGCUAUGGUCCAAGCACACAUCUGGAGUUCAUUCUGUCCUUCAAGGAAAGUUUUGGCGUAAACACAAUGGCAAAAGAGAAACUUCAUUAUUAACGACCUACAUUAUUAACAUUAGUAUCAUCGUAGAACCUCAGGAACAAGUUUAUGUCGCCACCGAGGUGUAAAACCUGUUAUUUUAUUUUAAUGGCUCGUUGAAGAGAUGCCCUUUAAUCUUAUUUUUUUCUUUCUAAAUUUAACUUUUAAAAUGGCUUCGCUUAGUUUUUUUUGUUAUGUAGAUGUAGUUUAUGUAUCGUUUCCAUUGCUCGGAAUAUACGUACCUGACAAUUAAUGUAGAAAAUUAGUUUGCGAUGAUCGUAUCACUUUUUGAACCACGUCAGUUCUAUUUAUUGUCACGCCGCCAGUUUACUACUGGCCGUCAACUAACAACCGACCUGGCACACGUUUUCUCCGUAGAAUAGACCCAGUAAUGGUACGAUGAAACGACAGCUGAACGGGCCACUUCGCGUAGUUCCGAAGCACCCGCCACACAACUCGCGCCCACGGCAUCUGACCGGCGUCAAAACCCACCGGCCCACAGCACAACCUGUCUGCAGAAACCGUCGGCCCAGGCGCCCUUUCCAGGUACGUCCAGUCGCGACUCUAUAAAAAAAGGCAGAGCAGAGAGCCCAGAGCAAACUCACACACCAACACAUCCAAGGAACACGAACAGCGAGAGGAAUCCGACGAUGAGCGUGGAGAUCAUGGACGGGAGAACGGUGCGGAGCUUCGUGGAGGACGAGCGCGCCUUCAACUCCUCGGUGGACGGCCGCUUCGCCGCGCUGGACGCCGACCACGACGGCCUGCUCACCUACGCCGAGAUGGCCGGGGAGCUCAUGAGCCUGCGGGUGCUGGAGAGGCACUUCGGCGUGGACGAGGCCGCGGUGGCGCCGGAGGACCUCGGGGCGCUGUACCGCGGCCUGUUUGCGCGGUUCGACAGGGACGGCAGCGGCAUGGUGGACCGGCACGAGUUCCGCGCGGAGAUGAAGGAGGUGAUGCUCGCCGUGGCCAACGGCCUCGGCUUCCUCCCCGUGCAGAUGGUCCUAGACGAAGGCAGCUUCCUCAAGGUCGCCGUCGACAGGGAGCUUGCCAAAGCUGCCUGAUGUUCUUCAGCGCAACAGCCAGUACUUCGCUUGAAGUUUUUCGGUUUUGUUACUGAAUUUUUCGCCGUUUUUACAUUGAGUUACAGUAUAUGUACUUCGUUUUUCGAAACAGUUUUAUUCUAUGAUCGCGCAAAGACUUGACUUGAUACCAGCAAUACAUACUGGUGAUUUGUGA